GCCCUCCGGCGGCGCGCAUUCGAGGAUUUCGACGAGGUGAUAUUCCGGUGUUUCGGUGUGCACGGCAGGGAGUUCGGCUCCUCCGUCAACGGGUUCCAGAUGACGGUCUCCGGCCUCGAGUUCUCCUCCGGACCCCCAUUCACCCCUUCUCCUGACUCACGCGGCAGGAGCAGCUGCUCUCGGAGGCCCGCGAGUGCCGCGACCGAGAGGAGCCGCUGCCCGCGCAGGACCCGACUGGGGGUUCCUGGGGCUGGCGUCCAAGAGCCCCGUGCGCGCCGCCUGCGUCGCUGCGGCCCGCAAGCUGGGCGUCACUCUACGGGAGAGAGCGGCCUCUGCGUCGUGGAGCUCGUGGAGACCGCCCGGGUGCCCAUCGUGAAGUGCAGGUGGUGCGCAGAGGCGGGGGGGGCCGCGGCGUCGCAGGCGCCCGGCUCGCCGCGGGAGUUCGAGGUGGACGUCUCGUUUUGCAACGAGGUGGCCUACUACAACUCGCGCCUCCUCCGCGCGUACGCCGAUCUCGACCAGCGCGUCGUGAGGCUGUGCCUGCUGGUGAAGCUGUGGGCGAAGCGCCGCAGGAUCAACUCGCCGUUCGAGGGAACGCUGUCCUCGUGCUCGCCCCUGUGGUGA